AUGGCAUUUUGGAACUCAUCCUCAUCAUCAUCAUCAUCAGGUCAAACUGACUCCUCAUCAACCUCAUCCCCAGCAUCAUUAAGAUCUCAACAAAUCAAACAAGAUCUUCAAAAUCAAAUUAGUCAAGAAUUAGCUGCAGCUAAUGCCACUGAAUUAGUAAGAACCAUCACUGAAAAUUGUUUUGAUAAAUGUAUUCUUAUCCCUAAAGAUACUUUAUCGCCAACAGAAUUACAAUGUAUUUCUCAAUGUAGAGAAAAAUAUAUGAGAUCUUGGAAUGUCAUUUCUAAAGCUUAUAUUGGUAGAAUACAACAAGAACAACACCAUUAA